AUGUCUCCAGUUGAAAAAGAAAAAGGAAAAGUGGCUUUGGAGCGCCUGAAACCUCCAGAGGGACUGCCAAAGGUCCACUGGAACUCUGCUGCAGCCAGGAGCCAGAUCCUGCAGGACCGCCCCCCCAACCGGGCUCUGAGAGGCCCACCCACCUCCACACCACCCAGCAGAACCCCCAGACCCUCCACCAGCAGAAACCCCCAGACCCUCCACCACCAGAAACCCCCAGACCCUCCUCCAAAACCCCCAGACCCUAUACCACCAGAAACCCCCAGACCCUCCACCACCAGAAACCCCCAGACCCUCCACCAGCAGAACCCCCAGACCCUCCACCACCAGAAACCCCCAGACCCUCCUCCAGUAGAAACCCCCAGACCCUCCUCCAGUAGAAACCCCCAGACCCUCCACCACCAGAAACCCCCAGACCCUCCACCACCAGAAACCCCCAGACCCUCCACCACCAGAAACCCCCAGACCCUAUACCACCAGAAACCCCCAGACCCUCCUCCAGUAGAAACCCCCAGACCCUCCACCACCAGAAACCCCCAGACCCUCCACCAUCAGAACCCCCAGACCCUCCACCAGCAGAAACCCCCAGACCCUCCACCAGCAGAAACCCCCAGACCCUCCUCCAGUAGAAACCCCCAGACCCUCCACCACCAGAAACCCCCAGACCCUCCUCCAGUAGAAACCCCCAGACCCUCCACCAGCAGAAACCCCCAGACCCUCCACCAGCAGAACCCCCAGACCCUCCACCAGCAGAAACCCCCAGACCCUCCACCAGUAGAAACCCCCAGACCCUCCACCAGUAGAAACCCCAGACCCUCCACCAGCAGAAACCCCCAGACCCUCCACCACCAGAACCCCCAGACCCUCCACCACCAGAAACCCCCAGACUCUCCACCACCAGAACCCCCAGACCCUCCACCGGCAGAAACCCCCAGACCCUCCUCCAAACCCCCAGACCCUCCACCAGCAGAAACCCCCAGACCCUCCACCACCAGAACCCCCAGACCCUCCACCACCAGAAACCCCCAGACCCUCCACCACCAGAACCCCCAGACCCUCCACCGGCAGAAACCCCCAGACCCUCCUCCAGUAGAAACCCCCAAACCCUCCACCAGUAGAAACCCCCAGACCCUCCACCACCAGAACCCCCAGACCCUCCACCACCAGAAACCCCCAGACCCUCCACCACCAGAACCCCCAGACCCUCCACCGGCAGAAACCCCCAGACCCUCCUCCAGUAGAAACCCCCAGACCCUCCACCAGCAGAAACCCCCAGACCCUCCACCAGCAGAAACCCCCAGACCCUCCACCAGUAGAAACCCCCAGACCCUCCUCCAGCAGAACCCCCAGACCCUCCACCAGCAGAACCCCCAGACCCUACACCAGCAGAAACCCCCAGACCCUCCUCCAGCAGAACCCCCGAACUACCACCAGCAAAAAAACCCUGGAUCCUCCACCACCAACCACCAGCAGAAAGCUCCGGACCUCCAUCAACAGAGACCCCCAAAACCCUCCACCAAAAGAAAGUCUGGACCCUCCACCAGCAAAAACCCCGACCCCUCCACCAGUAGAACCCUCCAAAUCCCCCACCACCAGCAGAAACCCCUGGACCCUCCACCAACAACCACCAGCAGAACACCCCAAUCCCCCACCAGCAGAAACCCCCCGAACUCUCUACCAACCCUGAUCCUCCACCAGCAGAAGGUCUGGACCCUCCACCAGGACUGA